GAAGAAGAAGAAGAAGAAGAAGAAGAAGAAGAAGAAGGAGGAGGGGCUAACGACGGACAGCUGACGUCGCUUCACGGAUUUAUGUAGCUCAGCUGGUCAACAGUGUCACCAAAUCAGACACAAAACACAGCUUUCUAAUGAUGCUUUGGUUUGAGGGCUCAAUUUCUGAUGCCAUUAAUUCGGCUAAACAGCGAAGUUGCGUCUUUGUCGUCGUUAUUACAGGGGAAGAUGAACAGUCAGCACAGCUGAAAUCCAGCUGGGAGGAUGACAAAGUUUCAGAUGCAGCGCAGAACUGUUGUGUGGCAAUCAAAAUUGAUGCCAGGAGCGAGACAUGUGUGCAGUUCUCCCAGAUCUAUCCAGUGGUGUGCAUACCCUCUAGCUUCUUUAUCGGAGCGAAUGGAAUUCCACUGGAGGUCAUUGGUGGCAGUGUGUCUGCUGAAGAACUGAUGAAAAGAAUCAACAGAGUUAAGCAGAUGCAUGCUCAACAUGGUAGAAGUGGGGCAGUGUUAUCAGAGGCAAGUGCUCCCGUCGAGGCCAGUCCACGUGACACUAUAGAACCUGCUCCAGCUUCAACUUCACAAUUGCCUGUUAAGUCAGCAGCUGCAGAGCCUGCAGCAGUGCAAGGAAGAGGGAAAGUAUCCCUCUCAAGCACAGGAGAUGAUAGUAGCAUUUCAGCCACAGAGACUCUUGCAGAGAGUGCAUCUUUUGAUAAUGCAGCUCAGUGUUCUCAGGAUGAAGAAAACCUGGAUGCUAAGGUUGAAAGGUUGACCAGGACACUGGAGGAGAGACGUGAGCAGAGAAAGCUAGGAGAAGAAGAGAAUGAGAUCCAGAAGGAAAUCGAGCGUAGGAAGGUGGGGAAGAACUUGCAGGACUUUAAAAGGAAACAAGAAGAGGAGAAGACCAAGAGACUCUUAGAGGAAAGGAGUCGAGAGAAGGCAGAGGAGAGGGCUGCUAGAGAGCGGGUCAAACAGCAGAUCGCCUUGGACCGAGCUGACAGAGCAGCACGCUAUGCCAAAAUGGAGGACGAGGAAAAGGUUGCCAAGCAGGCGCUACUGCACUCCAGUCUGGCAGAGCAGGAGGUCAGGAAGAGAGCAGUAGUCAGGGGAACGAGUACCAUAGCAAGGAUACAGUUCCGCCUCCCAGAUGGCUCAUCCUUCACCAACCAGUUCCCCUCACAGAGCAGACUGCAGGAGGCUCGACACUUUGUUGUUCAGGAAGUGGGAAAUCGCUAUGGUAACUUCUCCCUUGCCACAAUGUUCCCUCGGCGGGAGUUCACUAGUGAAGACCUGAACAAAACUCUUCUGGAGCUCGAACUGGCUCCAAGUGCUUCCAUUGUGCUUCUGCCACAGUCAGGCAGGCCAGGUAAUACAGUGGUCCAGUCUUCUCGGGGUGGUAUCUGGGCAGUCCUGGGUACACUCCUUUACCCUUUGCUGGCUGUAUGGAGAUUCCUUAGCUCGAUCCUGUUUGCAGCCCCCCCUUCUCAUGGAGAAGCAUCCAGAGGUCCUACCAACCAGUCCAAGUCUUUCACAAACUCCCCUUCGGACAAAACAAAGAGAGAAACUCUCUCCAAGCACACUCAGGAGAAGCGACCCAAGGACUUCAAGAAAGAUGGUAAAAUCUGCCGGCUCCGGACUCAGGAGGACAGCGAAGAGGACAACAACACCUGGAAUGGGAACUCUACCCAGCAGAUGUAGUGCAGUGACAGCAGCUCUCCCUUCCUCUGACUCUCCUGGUGUUAGUUAGUCUGACUGGUUGUAAGGCUGUUGCUGCCCUCAAGGCUGAUCUUUUUUUUCCUUUCUCUUUCUCUUACUGUGUUCCAGAUUCCUGCAUCUUGAAUAGAUCAGUAUCAAUAAACAAAACUUCCUUUUGGCUUAAGAUUAUUUUGCUCUUGUCAAUUAUGACUUGUCUCCUAACCUAGGUUCAGCAGGUUGAAGAUCUUAGACUGUGAAAGGCUACUUUAGCACCCUUUCCUUUGUUUGUUGUUUAUUCUCAAAUGACCCCAAUGGAUCGGACUAUGUCUGGGACAUUAAACAGCUGAUCUGAGCCUGGAUUUACA